UUUUUUUUUUCUGUUUCUACCCUUAUUUUAUAUCGCUUAAAAUUUUUAACCAAUUUUCAAGUUAAAAUGUUUCAUAAAGGAAAAGAAAUGAACAUUAGUGGUGAUUCAAUGAUGCAGUUGAAGGCAGAGCUUAUUAAAAAGCAGGAUGAAUUCAAGAGGCUGAAACUUGAAAAUUCCUCCCGACCAAUUAAGAAAAGGAAAAUUGAAACGAAAAGUUCUGUCGAGAAAAAAAAUGUUGGAGUUGAUAAACGAUCUCAGAAAGAUUUGGAAGAGAAAUUAGAAGAACUUAACACAUUUCAGAAGUCCAAAAAUACUCUGGAAAAGAAAGCCAAGUUGUAUGAAAAAAUGUCUCAACAGAUGCUCAAUGAUGAGGACUACCAGAAGUUACCAUUUCUUGUGGAUUUUGAGCAGAAAGUGAUUGACAAGUCGAUCGAGAAGAAGCGAAAACAGAACUUGCUGGAAGAGAAGAUGAAAGCAGCUCGAGCCAAACUGACGAGUAAUGAGAAGAAUGACAACAAUGUUAACAGGCCAGGAGUAAAAAGAAAAAAUUCUGACAAUGAAGAUGAUGACGAGUAUGAAAAUGAUGGUGAUGAUGAUGAUGGAAGUUUGUACAAGUCCAACAAUCCUGAUGAACAAUGGGUGGAGUUUGAGGAUAGCUUAGGCAGGACCAGGAGAUGUCUUAAAAAGGAUCUCGAGCACUUCAAAAGUUUGGACAAGAAACUGAACAUCAAUAAACCAGAUCAGAAAGAGCUGAUUAACAAUUCUAUGGUUGAACCAGAGUUGAUGUCGAAUGAUAUGAGGAGAGAGAUAGAGAGAAGAAAAUGGGAGGAGGAGGUAACGAAGAUGAGGAUGAAAGAUGAAAUUCAUUACUCUGAUGUCACCUUCAAUGAAAUUCGAGACCACGGUGUUGGCUUCUACAAUUUUGCGCGAGAUGAAGAGACGAGGAAGGAGCAGAUGAAAGUGCUUGACCAGCUGAGACAACAGACCAAAAUCCAGCGAAAAAUAUUUUCAUCGUUGAAAGAGAAGAGGAAGCGCGCCCUUGACAUUCGACUGGCGAAGGUCAUGCAGAGGUCAAUAGUUCAGGAGGCCAUCAAGUUGUCAGGACUGGAUCCUCUCACUUUCAUUGGUGAGUAUCCUUUUAAUGCAUUUCAGUUGAUCUUUCUAAUUUCUGUAUUCGAGAUGAAUAUCAUGGUGUGCAACUGCAUGACAACCUCGACCUUAUCUUUCAACCGUCAUCACGGCACCAUUGUAGAUAAGAACUCAACAUUCAUGACGUGCAUCUACGAGGAUGACGAUGAUGAAAAUGAAGAGGCGUUCACUGGUCCCAGGCCGCCAGACGUGGCCCCCAACAAUGCUGACGUCCUGGCAGGUAAAGAAUGCGACGACGGUGAGGACAUCAUUGAAGAAUGGAAGAGAGAUGAUUCUUGGAGGAAGAAUGCUCCAGUUCGAGAGUGGGACGUCGGAAAGAAAAGUGAACUUUUCUAUGAGGAUGAGGUGUGGCUGAAAAAACGAAGAUCAGAAAGAGUGAAAGAGUUUGCUCCGCCCACCGCUUUCUACGACAGCCAAUCAGAUGAUCGCUUGCAUGGUGGCAAAAGAAAGAAUAAUAAUGACGUAAAGUUGAAUAGCAGAGAUUUCUUCAAAUCGAAAUUGCACUUCUAUAAAGACAGCGGUGAUGUAUCCAUGGAAACUACUGAAGACAGCAAAACUGAAAUUAAAAAUGAUAAGAACAAUGAUGCCUUGAGUGAUGAUUGCAUAUCAUUGGAUGAUCAGAUUAGCGCCACUUUGAAAGAAAUUAGAGGUGGUUCGGUUGGUUUGGAGGUUCCGGUUCCUGAUGAAAACAACAACAAAAACAUUGAAAACAUGGAUAUUGGAAGUAUAAACAUUAGCACCAGUAUUUUCAAUCCAAGCAUAUCAUCGUCGUCGUCGUCGUCAUCGUCAUCAACAGCACCAACUGCAAGCAACAGCCAGCAUGUUUCCAAUGCGUGUGACAGCUUCAACUCAUAUAACGUUUUCCCAUACAACAGCAGUAGCCAUGAUAUUAAUUAUAUGAAUACAGCAAUUACUACGACACCACACGAGCCACAGCAACCACACCUCCAGCAGCAACAGCAACCACAACAACAGCACGUCUCAGGACCGCAACCAGCUCAUUUCUCGUGUGGUCCAAUGAAAUGCCAACCGCAAUCACGCCCUGCAAGAUAUGAACCCAUUCAUAUUCAUGAGAUCCCCCUCACCCUACCUCCACCUCUCUCCACCAACUACCCUUCGCAAGAAAAAUUUAUCUGCAAAUCUGAAAAUAGCAACAACAACGAGCAAAGAAAUAUAAAAAAAUGGCAGCAACAAUUUAACACGAGCAACAGCACCAAUAAAAACAACAACAUUAACAACAAUGAUGGCAAUACAUACGCCAUUAAUCCAGAUACGUUGGAUCAGCAGGUUUCCUUCUCAUCAUCGUCAACGCCGUCAUCAUCAUCAUCGCUGUUGAUCUCGGAGUUGAAGCCAUCGUCGCUGCCGUUCGCAUCUUCCUUCAUCCAGUCGCAACAGCUGGGAAAGUCCGUCAGUGACAGGGCGGCCGAGCAGUUCGAUCCCACCGUCCCACCGCCAAAUGUCAAAGGUCACGUCCCUAGCAGCUGA